UGGGGCCGGGCCGCGGGGCUGCAGGUGGCCAAUGGGCGAGUAGGGCGGUGCGGGGCCGUGCGGCCAUGGCGGUGGGGCGGUGCGUUGCUCCGCUUCGCUUUGGUUUGCGUUGAGUUGCUGCUCCGCGUUGAGUUGCUCUGCGUUGCAUCACGCUGCAUCGCGUUGCUCCGUGCCGCAUUGCUCCGCGUUGCGUCGUGCUGCCGCCCCGCAGAUGGCUGAGGACACUACCGCCGUGCCGUGGGAGCUGCCCGGCUGCGUGGUCAGCGUGUCGGACCCCUCGGAGCCGGACGUGGAGCCGAGCAGCUGCAGCGGGGCCAUCCUGUGCCGCGGCCCGGGCCUGGUGCUGUGCCCCGCUGCCGUCUUGGUGCCCUUUCUGCAGCCCGACGCGACCGCCUGGCCCCAUGGCGAUGCCCUGCCGCCCUCGGCGUUGCGGCCCGGCCUGCGCAUCUUGGUGCUGCAGGCUGCCCCGCCACCUGACGCUGUGCAGCAGUACGCGGCGUGCCCGCUGGCCCUGCUGCGCUGCGACGCCUUCGCCCGCGCGCUGCCUGGCACGCUCAGCGUGGCCGAGGAGAGCGCCGAGGCCCUGCCCUGGUUCUGCUGGCUGCGGGUGCCCGGCCUGGACACACCUGGUGGUACCUGGACACCCUGGGCCCCGGCAGCCGCGCUGCACAAGGGCACGGCCCUGCUGGCCUGCGGGACGCCCUUCGGCGCCCUCUGCCCCGAGCUCUUCCUCAAUGCGCUGAGCGCCGGUGUGCUGAGCAACGCCGCUGGGCCGCACCAUGCCCUGCUGCUCACCGACGCGCGCUGCCUGCCUGGCACCCAGGGCGGGCCCGUCCUCGCCCUCGCACCCGCAUCUGCCCCACCGCGCCUCGUGGCCAUCGUUGCUGCUUCCGCCUGCUGCCAGGGCAGCCAGGGGCUGGGGCUGGCACUGCUCUGCUCCCUGCACGCCCUCCUGCAGAGCGCCCGCGGCGCACUGUCCGAGCUCAGCAGCCUGCCUCCGCCGCUGCCACUGCCCGAGGCCCACGGCAGCCCUGCACCGCGCUGCACCGCUCUGGUGGAGAGCGGGAGCAGCUGGGGGUCGGGCACACUGGUGGCCCCACAGCUGCUGCUCACUUGUCGGCACGUGCUGCAACUGGGCGCUCCGCUGCGUGUCACCCUGCGGCACAGCACCACGCGUGACACUGUACUGCAGGCUCGCCUGGUGUUCGCCACAGCUGAGGCAUCCCCCUUUGACGUGGCAGUGCUGGAGCUGCAGGACAGCGUGCCCAGCUUUCAGCCCCCCGACCUUGCCACCACUUUCCAACCUGGGGAGGCGGUGCUGGCGCUGGGUUUCGGGGCGCUGGGCCGUGCGUGUGGCCCCUCCGUGACGGGGGGCGUGCUGUCAGCCGUGGUAGGAACCCCCCCAGUGAUGCUGCAGAGCACCUGCGCCGUGCACGCUGGCUCCAGUGGCGGCCCCCUACUCUCCGCCCGCGAUGGACGCCUGCUGGGCAUCGUGGCCAGCAACGCGCGGGACAAUGCCACGGGGACCACCUACCCGCACCUCAACUUCUGCAUCCCCAUCUCCCUGCUGCACGCACCCCUCGCCCGCUACCGCUGCAGCGGGAACCCUGCCGCCUUUGCCCCACUCAAUGCCGCCAGCCAGGGGGCACGGGCGGCCUGGCGGCUGCAGCAGCAGCCCCCCAGCAAGUUGUGAGCCCUCCCCAAAACUGGAGUGCUUCCAUAAAGGCCCUCACCCAA